AUGGUUAAACUCGCGGACUCCAUCUCAAAGAAGGUCACUUUCGAGGAGAAGGGUCAUCCUGAUUCAAUCACCACCAUCAUUACAGACUACCCAUUACUGCUUGUAGCAGAUGCUGAUGAGUCUCUUGCUCCCAAGCUUAAGUUGCUACAGAACAGAGGAGCUUCAACCUCUGAGCUCACUGAGGUUCUUUCUAAAGUCCCCAAGAUCUUGAGAAUCAAAAAGGACAAAGCUUUAGGAAGAUACUAUGAUUUCGUCAGAGAGAUUAUAGAAGCGGAUAAGAGUUCUAAGUUCGAAAGGUUGUGUCUUUCUUUGCCGCUGGGUAGUAGACAGGAGAAUAAGAUCAGGAACGUUUUGGUUUUGAGAGAUCUUGGUGUGCCUCAGAGGUUGUUGUUCCCUCUGCUCAUCUCUAGAUCAGCACAUGUCUGUGGUAAAGAAGGGUUUGAAGAGUCUCUCAAGAAGGUUCUUGAGAUGGGUUUUGAUCCCACAACUCCGAAGUUUGUCAAAGCUUUGCAUACUGUUUAUGAACUGAGUGAUAAAACGAUAGAAGAGAAGGUGAAUGUGUACAAAAGACUAGGCUUUGGUGUGGGAGACGUGUGGAAGAUCUUCAAGAAGCAUCCUUCGUUUCUUAAGUUCUCUGAGAAGAAUAUAUCAAACUCUAUCGAUACGUUUCUAGGCCUAGGAUUCAGCAGAGUUGAGCUUGCGGGGAUGGUCAAGCGCUUUCCUCAGUGCAUUGGGUUAUCUGCAGAGACUGUAAAGAAGAAGAAUGAGUUUUUGGUGGAGAAGAUGAAGUGUAUUUGGAUGUAG